AUGGCCGCAACAGAACACAAUACCUCUUCCCCGCAGCCCGACGCCGCAGCAGCUGUUAUCGCUAGCGAGGCCAAUGCGAAUGCAGUCAGCACCAACGGGAAUGGCGGCGACGCCGCACCCGGUGCCGAAGGAGCCUCUUCGCCCAGCAAGGCCUCGGGUGGAGCAGCUGCUCCUCCCGAUCCGAAUGCUCCACUCACUGUGCGCGCUCUGGUCAGCACAAAAGAAGCUGGUGUCAUCAUCGGCAAAGGCGGUCAAAAUGUUGCGGAUCUGCGGGAACAGACGGGCGUCAAGGCGGGAGUUUCCAAAGUCGUCCAGGGAGUUCACGAUCGUGUCUUGUCUGUGACUGGCACAGUGGAGGGUGUUGCAAAGGUGAGUAUGACGUCUGCUUCCUGGGCAAGAUCGAGCAUUCACGCGCUUGGGACCUGCACUUGGAGGGCCGCCCAGCCGCGGUUGAGGGCUUGGGAAAGACAAGGGUCUGACCGCUAUUCCCGCCCCUUCCGCUCUUCACAGGCAUAUGCGUUCAUUGCCAAGACAAUUCUUGAUAAUCCUGUCACGGCGGCCGCUGCACCCGGAGAAAGCACGACGCCUACCACGGGUACGCUUACUUCCAUCCGGCUGCUGAUCUCACAUAAUCUGAUGGGUACGGUGAUUGGUCGUCAAGGUCUCAAAAUCAAGCACAUACAAGAUAUCUCGGGAGCCAGAAUGGUCGCUUCUAAAGAGAUGCUACCUCAGUCCACUGAGCGCAUUGUCGAAGUGCAGGGAACGACAGAGGCCAUACGUGUCGCGAUUCAAGAAAUCAGCCAGUGCCUUCUGGAAGACUGGGAACGGGGCCAAGGUACUGUUUUGUACCAUCCGGGACAGGCAGACGGCGCAGGUGUGCUCGCUGCGGGAGGUGCAGGUGGUCUGCAACCUCAGACUGGUGGCCGUAGAACCAGCGGAGCGUACCUCGCCGGGGCCAUGUCGUCUAUGACCCUUGGCGCCGGAGGCUCGCACAUCUCGACAUUCGGAGCUCCGACUGGCGGUAGACGCACUUCGCAAGGAGCAAAUGGCGAUGGUCGAAAGGCUGCGCCAGUAGCUUUAGACGCUGCUGCCAUCGCGGCUGCCGGUGGUGCCGCAGUCACGCCUGGAGGAGGCCUGCUUACGGGAGCGCCAAUCUCCUUGGCACCCGCGGUGACCGUGGACCCAGCCAACAUGCGAACACAGAACAUAAGCAUACCUUCUGACAUGGUCGGAUGCAUCAUUGGCAAAGGCGGCUCCAAGAUCACCGAGAUCCGUCGCUUGAGUGGCUCUCGAAUCUCGAUCGCCAAAGUGCCCCACGACGACACCGGCGAGCGUAUGUUCACCAUCCAAGGCACUCCAGAGGCAAACGAAAAGGCGCUGUUCUUACUCUACAAUGUGAGUGAUAGAGCUUGAGCACACUCCGUCCCGAUGGACCAAUUCCGCUGAUAUUCAUUACCUCGCAGCAACUUGAGAGCGAAAAGGAGCGAAGGACGCAGACUGUACCGGAGGAGGAUAUCGAUGCGGCUAACGCUGCCAACAAAAAGGACGAGACCACCACGGCAUGA